AUGCGGCGCAAAGGUCAAAGACGUCCGUCUAGCGCUGUGGUUUUCAAAGUCUUGGACAGUAAGCCUCCCCCUCCAAGAAAAUUUACAAGACAGCGUCGUCCGCGACAGAACAAUAGCAUAUCUUUUGUUUUAGGCAUAAACAACACUUCACAGUCAAUGGGAGUUGGGCAACAUCACCAUCCAGUAAACCACACUAGACCAUUUUUCUACGUUCAGCCACCAUCUCAGCCUUAUUACAUGUAUCAGUGGCCCAUGAAUCCAUAUGGCCACUAUGGCUUUCCAGGGCCAGCUUUGCACUUUGGUCGUCCCUACAUGGCCCCUUAUCAGUUUAUGCAGUAUCCUGGGUAUGUGAUCCCACAUGCACCCAUGCAGCCAAUUGAUUACAGAAGAAUCAGCCCCCACUUCCCCUCAGUUGCGUCAUAUGAUUUGCGAGUCCGCCACCACUUUCAGCAUCAGGGUACACAGCGUGAGACUGCCUGUUCUGAGGUCCAAACAGACCCUAGUGAUUCAGUCAACAAACUGAUAGACAAAAUUGAGGGUCUCAAGGUCUGUGAACACAAAGCAGGUGACAAGGGGUCUAACGUGGUGGUCUCCUCUACACCUGAUGUGAUUCAGGGAGAGAAACAGCUGACAUGUUUGAAUGAAGAGUCCAAAUUGCAACUUUCAUCUCAGGAAGGCAAGGAGGAGCAGGUCAAUCAAGUCAGGCCCACAACCUACAGUGACUCUGCAUAUGAUGCAGAGUCAAGCCAAGGCAGACUAGAUGAAAGCAUGUUAUCGGAUGCGCUGCCUCUUGACAGUUCCUCUGUCCAUGAGGAAGAGGUUGUGAAUGAGGAUGAAGAUGAUCAACGGAGUGUUGCUGAUGAAACGUGCUGCCAAAAUGAGAUGUUUGCAACCAAUGCCACUGACGAUGUGUUUUGUAGUAGUGUCAAAAGCACUUCUGAUCCAUCAGAGAGACGUGAUUUGGAAAAAGCUGCCUCAAAUGAGGGUGUGGCCUCUGAGCAGGUACGAAAUGUUUCCACUGCUACAACUGUUGUGGAACAUCUGAUAAACCUUUCUGAGGAUUUCGACCUACCAUAUCAAAUUCUUCGCCUGCCCUGCAAUAAGACUACAGCUGGCCUCAGUCUUGAACGAGAGAUUGACCCACUUGUAUACUUUGAUUCUCUAUCUACUCUAUUGCCUCCCCAAAGCUAUUUGUCCUCAAUUGGCGGCGCAUAUUCCUACAGCUACUACCCUCCAGUGGCCCAAGAGCGCCAGAGUGUUCUGAGUCCCUCCAUAGAUGAGCUCUCUUCCAGAGAUGAGAUGUUCUCUACUGAUGUGGAGGAUCUUGAUCUCAUUCCUGGGCAUGUGUAUGUGGGUGGUGGCAGACUGGCUGAAACCAGUGACAUGCCCGUUCGUUCCCGAAAAGAGCUCUUGAGUGUAGAGAGAACUUGCAUGGUCUGUCAGAAAACGUGUGCCUGCUGUGGCUCAAGCCUACAGGAUGAGGGAGGGGUGAGCAAAAUGCCUGAACUCUGCAGCCACCCUGAGAGGGACGUUGCUAAUGAGGUUUCUGAUCAAGAUUGUGAGUAUGGCUUUGAAGGAGAGGUGCGGAGUAAUUGUGAGUCUCCAAGGGUGUUGAAAAGGAAGUGUUGCAGCAGGCACGCACUGCCCCCUUGUGGCCAUCACUGUGCCAAACACAGGCACAGGAAGCUGAUUUGUGAAGGCCAAGAGAGCUGUGAGCUAUGUGAGCAGGCUCGGGUUCACCCCAAAGGAGAGUGCUGUGAAGAGCAUUGUACUCUGGCUAAGGCGGAUAAGCGAAUUCAAAAGGGUGCCUUGUGUAGGCUUUGUAUUGAACGACAAUGGAGAGAGGGUGUUGUGUCUGACCAAAAGAAUUGGGCAAGCUGUGGAGCCAAGCCAAGGUCUUUGAGGCACAUUACUGGACCUCAAGAUCAAGGGAGAGGGGCACUGAGAAGGCCUACUUGUAAGACGUUCCUCCAGCAGAGGCCAAGUGAAUAUGAUGACUGUGAGACAGAAUUUACCUUCUGCCAAAGGGGCAGAGGUGCGCUGAAGAAAAGGGGCACAAGAUAUUAAACCAUUAUGCACUGCUGUUAUGCUUAAAUGUAUUACCCAGUACUUGUGUAAAAUGCACUUCACUAUGAAAUGUACACGUGGACACUGUUCUUUACUGUAUGUAACUGGAAAAGUAUGAUGAUGUUCACCUUGCUGCAUUUUCAGCGCUCAAGUUAAUUUUCUAUUUUGAAUGCAAUUCAUUCAUCUUAAUCUAUUGAGGCUACUUACUAGACCUUGACUUAUGGCCUUUUUUUUCCUCUGUGGCUUGGCCUGAAAGGUGUUUAUCUUGCCUGUGAGAGCUCUUGAAUCUUGGCAUGGUCAAGGACUGGUCCACUGAGACUGUUUCAAAUUUUGGGCACUGGAGAUGCAGCUGGUUUAAGGGGUGAAGGGGGGAAAAAAAGGGAGGCUGGAAAAAUAA